GGCCUGUCACUUCCUCUCCUUUCUGCAAAGAACCGGGGCCACAGAGCUCUCAGCUGGAGGAAAAUCAUGAUACCUCAGGCCAUGACCACUGGAGCGGUGGCCCUGGCCUUCGGGCUACUGUUUGGCCUGGCCGGCGGCGAGGCGCGCCUGGAGGAGAAGGCGGCUCCCCGGAGCCUGGAGGAAAGGGACCCCAAAGCCGGGGUGCGGACCCCCGACUCCUGCCCACCGGCCUCUUCCUGCAGGGAAUGCAUCCUUUCCCACCCAAGCUGUGCCUGGUGCCAACAACUGGACUUCCCGGCGGCGGAGGAGUCGGUGGGACGUCGUUGCGCGGUGCGGUCGGAGCUGCUGUCCCGGGGCUGCCGGGCCGAGGAGCUGCAGGAGCCGAGGGGUCAAGUGCAAGCGAUCCGGAACCGGACCCUCGGACGGGACCCGGGGGUCGAGGCCGGGGACGGACCGGCCGGGCCCGGGGGGCCGCAGGCCACGCAGCCCACCCAGCUGGCCCCCCAGAAAGUCCGGAUCCUGCUCCGGCCCGGGGAGGAGCAGCGCCUGAACGUGUCUUUCCGCCGGGCGGAGGGCUACCCAGUGGACCUCUACUACCUCAUGGACCUCAGCUACUCCAUGAAGGACGACCUGGACCACGUCCGGCGCCUCGGAGACCAGCUGCUCAACGGCCUCGCCGAGGCCAAGGGCUCCGUCCGCAUCGGUUUCGGUUCCUUCGUGGACAAGACGGUGCUGCCGUUCGUCAGCACGGUGCCCGCCAAGCUGCGCCACCCGUGCCCGGACCGCCUGGAGCAGUGCCAGCCACCCUUCAGCUUCCGCCACGUGCUGCCCCUCACUGCCAACGCGUCCGAGUUCGAGCUGGAGGUCGGGCGGCAGAGCGUGUCCGGAAACCUGGACGCUCCCGAGGGGGGCUUCGACGCCAUCGUGCAGGCCGCCCUGUGCCAGAAGGAGAUCGGCUGGAGGAACGUGUCCCGGCUGCUGGUCUUCACCUCAGACGACACCUUCCACAUGGCAGGUGACGGCAAGCUGGGUGGCAUCUACAUGCCCAGUGAUGGGCACUGCCACCUGGAUGCCCAGGGCUUCUACCACCGCAGCCACGACUUUGAUUACCCAUCAGUGGGGCAGGUGGCCCAGGUUCUGUCAGAUGCCAACAUCCAGCCCAUUUUUGCUGUCACAGCCACGACCCUGCCAGUGUACCAGGAGCUGAGUAAACUGAUCCCCAAGUCGGCAGUCGGGGAGCUGAAUGCGAAUUCCAGCAACGUGGUGGAUCUUAUCAAGAAGGCCUACAAUAACCUGUCCUCCACCGUGACUCUGGAGCACUUAGAUCUCCCGCCCGGCGUCCACAUCUCCUACGAAUCCCACUGCGAGGGCGCGGAGGCCACCAGGACCACCCGAGGAGAGUGUAGAAACGUCCGGAUCAAUCAGACGGUGCAGUUCACCGUGACGGUGCGGGCGGACGGGUGCGUGGAGCGCGGGCACACAGUGCGGGUAAGGGCCCUGGGCUUCGUGGAGGAGCUGCAGUUGGAGCUGGAGCCCGUCUGCGACUGCGCCUGCGGAGACCCCGAACCCAACGCCCCGCACUGCGGACGGGGCAACGGCAGCCUGCACUGUGGGGUCUGCAGCUGCUACUCGGGCCGCCUGGGUCCGCAGUGCGAGUGCGGCGGCGGCCUGUCGGAGCCGGACGCGGGCUGCCGGGGCCCCAAUGGGACCGGCCCGGUGUGCAGCGGGCAGGGGCACUGCCAGUGCGGCCGCUGCCACUGCCACGGCCAGGCGUGGGGGCAGUUCUGCCAGUGCCACGACGAGAGCUGCGAGCGGCACGAGGGACGUCUGUGCGCAGGCUUCGGCCGCUGCCAGUGCGGCCGCUGCAUCUGCCGGGCCAACUACACGGGCAGCGCCUGCCAGUGCAGCCUGGACACCGCGGCCUGCGCCGGCCCCGACGGGCAGCUGUGCAGCGGCCACGGACACUGCAGGUGCAACCAGUGCGUAUGCGAGGCCGGGCACUUCGGGCACCUCUGCGAGCGCUGCCCGGGCUGCCGCACCCUCUGCGAGAGGUUCCGGGACUGCGCCGAUUGCGGGGCGUUCGGAAGGGGUCCGCUGAGCGCCAACUGCAGCCUGGCCUGCCCCAACGUGAGCGUCACCCUGAGCCCCCCGCGCUCCGACGACCUCCGGCAGGACGGUUGGUGCCAGGAGCCCGCCGACGACCACGACGACGGACACAACCGCCUGCUCUUCUUCCGCGUGGAGGGAGAGGAGGGCCGGGGGCCCAUCCGGCUGCUGGUCAGGUUGCCCGACGCCGGCCGGGAUCGGACCGUAGACAUCGUGGUGGGCUGCUUGGGAGGCAUCGUGGCGGUGGGGCUGGCACUGGUGGUGGCCUACCGCCUCUCCGUCAACUUCUACGACCGCAGAGAGUUCAAGCGCUUCCAGAAGGAACAGCAGCAGUGCAGGUGGAGCCAGCGGGGAACCAACCCCCUGUACAGGAGUGCCGUCACCACCGUCGUGAACCCCAACUUCCAGAAGUCCACCGAAGACCCCCCGACAGCGCCCGGGGAGACCCCGGUCCUGGGCCCCCGGUGAAUGAGUUCAAACCGGGCACCUCGGGGGGCACAGCGGGCACCCGGCCACCUUUGGACCGAGCCCGGCCCUGGGAGUC